CAACCAUUAUAAACAAGGUUUCGGGGUGAAAUUGGAUUAUAUAUUAUUUUGUACUGCUCGUUUUACCACAAAACACUCUCCUGUUGAUCAAGACGCGCCUGCCCAAGGCACGCAGUUCAAAAACUGGAAGCGGAGUGAUACAGUAGGCUACACGAUCGUUCUACCCAGUUGUCAAACCGAGGGAGCGUACCUUUGAGCGAACAUGUCGCAUAGGCUGGGAAUGAAUACAGAAAUUGGAGCAAACAGCAGUAAAUUGAUGUGCUGAAAGGAUAUUUUAAAUACGGGGUCUAUAUUAUUGGUUUGAUUGCUGCGGUUCCAUUGCAACUAAUGAAGAUCUUUUCCGUUUGCUCUCUUGGAGGAUAAAAAUAUGAUUAUUAUAGUACUCCGUUACAGUGCCUAAGUUGUCAUUGAGCUGUCGGAGCGUGGUGGCAUGCGAUCCCCCUGAGUGAGACACCACCCUCCAGAGGUGACAGCAGGCAGGACAGGCAGCAGGAUGCCAGUGCAGGCAGCCCAAUGGACAGAGUUCCUCUCCUGCCCCAUCUGCUACAAUGAGUUUGACAGCAAUGGCCACAAGCCCAUCAGUCUGGGCUGCUCGCACACCGUGUGUAAGACCUGUCUGCACAAGCUGCACCGCAAGGCCUGCCCCUUCGACCAGACAGCCAUCAGCACUGACAUCGACCUCCUGCCUGUCAACUGUGCCCUGCUACAGCUGGUGGGAGCUCAGGUCCUGGAGUCCCAGCCUGUGACUCUGAGCAGUGCUGUGGAGUUAGAGCACUAUGAGGUGUGCCGGGUGUGUGUGGAGGAGCUGGCUCUCUAUCUCAAACCCAUCAGUGGAGGAAAAGGUGUGGUGACACUCAGUUCGAGCGCGCUCAGUCGACCCAUGCAGAGGAAGCUGGUGACACUGGUCAACUGCCAGCUGGUGGAAGAGGAGGGGCGGGUACGUGCGGUGCGGGCGGGCCGGUCGCUAGGGGAACGUACCGUCACAGAGCUCAUCCUGCAGCACCAGAACCCACAGCAGCUCUCUGCCAACCUGUGGGCCGCCGUCAGGGCACGGGGAUGCCAGUUCCUGGGGCCUGCGAUGCAGGAGGACGCUCUAAAGCUGGUGUUGCUGGCCCUAGAGGACGGCUCAGCUUUGUCCAGGAAGGUACUGGUGCUGUUUGUGGUCCAGAAACUGGAGGCUAGGUUCCCUCAGGCCUCCAAGACCUCCGUUGGACACGUGGUCCAGCUGCUCUACAGAGCCUCCUGCUUUAAGGUGACCAAGCGUGACGAGGACUCGUCGCUGAUGCAGCUAAAGGAGGAGUUCCGUACCUACGAGGCCCUGCGCCGCGAGCACGACGCCCAGAUCGUCCACAUCGCCAUGGAGGCGGGGCUCCGUAUCUCACCUGAGCAGUGGUCUUCCCUGCUCUACGGAGACCUCAUCCACAAGUCACACAUGCAGUCUAUCAUUGACAAGCUCCAGUCCCCAGAGUCCUUUGCAAAGAGUGUCCAGGAGCUGACGAUAGUUCUACAGAGAACAGGAGACCCUGCCAACCUGAACAGCCUCAGACCACACCUGGAACUACUGGCCAACAUCGACCACAACCCAGACGCGGCGUCUCCGUCGUGGGACGAGCUGGAGGGCGUGGUGCUGGCGGUGAAGGUGAUGGUCGACGGCCUGGUGGAGUUCACACAGAACUUCAGUAAGAAGAGCCACGAGACACCACAGCCGCAGCCCAACAGCAAGUACAAGACCAGUAUGUGUCGAGACCUCCGGCAGCAGGGUGGCUGUCCCCGAGGAUCCAACUGCACCUUCGCACACACACAGGACGAGCUAGAGAAAUACAGAAUGAGAAACAAGAAGAUCAGUGGCGUGGGCCGGCCCUUCCCCCUAGCCCAGGGGAGUAUGGGUAGUGAGGGGGGCGACUCAGGAGAGGAGGCCUGCGCUGGAGGACUGAAGGGCUCAGACAAGGUGGGAUCGGGGUCCUUAACAGAGGGGUCCACACACCCCCAUCUCAUCCCCAGGGGAGGCAACAUGAUGGAGGAGAUGAAGAGGGAGAGGUCUGUUGUUAACGGAUCCAACGGACUCACAGGCUCCAGCCGCUCCUCAUCUGGCUCCUUGGAACAAAAGACUGUUUCUCCUCCAAAGACGCCUGUCAACCACUCCUCAGCUCCUUCUCCCCAUGGUCCGGGGUCUAGGGUAGAGUGUGGCUCUGGUCAUCCCAAACAAGGGCACUUCCUAAUGAGAGGACCCCCCCACCAGCCUCAGUCCUCUGAACUGUACUACCAGGACCCCCGACCUCCCUACGACACACAACCCUACCAGCCAGCCAGUAACUACUACACCUCUACAAUGCACCACCACAAACCCUGCAUGGCCCGCUUCCUGCGUUCCAGCCACGUCCUCGAGUCCUCUCUGCCGCCUUCCAUGGCCCCUCCGUACUCCGAGCAGCACCCCUCCUUUCCCCCACCACGGGAGCGUGCGGGUCCUUCUCCCUACGGCCCCCCGCCGGCCCCCCAGUACGGGCCCCUGGCCCCGGCCCAUGGUGGCUACGCUCCCCUGUAUGACAGUCGGCGUAUGUGGAGACCCCAGCUGUACCACCGCGAGGACGCCAGGAGUAACUCCCUGCCUCCAGAGGUGCUGCAGUCCUCUGUGUACCAGCCCCCCCUCCGAGAGAGAUACGCCUCCCUGGACAGUCCCUACUGCUCGGCGGGGGAGCACAGAGCAGCGCUGCACAGGGACUCUUAUGGGCGUGUUCCUCUUGGAUACGAGGAUCUGUUCAAGCGGAAACAGGAGCAAUGGACACACCAUCACCACGUCAACAUGAACAGGCCCUCCCAGUCCUCCCCCGUCUUCACCGUAGACUUUGGUGCAGAGCAUGACAGUGGAGGUGAUCAGUGUAUGAACUGUAAGUACCGUGGUGAGGAGCGCCUGGCCCACUACUCUCCCUGGUCCUGUGGAACCAUCAGUACCUGCAUCAGCCCCUUUGAACCAGAGCAUCACAACGCCUCAGCUCACUCCUGCUCCGAACACUCAGAAGUAGAGAAUGGUGAAAGGAAACGGUGGCUCCACACAUUUGAGCCGUACCGUCGUCUGAAAGACGAGGAUCCCAUCAUCCCAUUUGGAGAGGGACCCAUCAUCUCGAAAUGGGGGGCUAUUUCCCGCGCCUCCCGUACAGGGUACCACACCACUGACCCCGUCCAGGCCACAGCCUGCCAGGGAAGCAACAGCACCACCCCCGUCAACUUCAGAGAUUAUGGCCCACACAUCGGUCACGGUGACUACAGGUGGAGCUCCUGUGGGUCUGACUCGUCCAGCCACUCUAGUUUCCUAGAGAGUGACCAGCUGGGAGUGUGUGAGCUUUCUGCCCGUGACCGGUCCUUCGGCAGUGGAGAGAAGGCUGGUGCAGGAAGCCUGCUGCAGACUGACUACUGUAAGGACAUGACAGACAGCGAACCGGACAGAGACAUUGAGCUGGAGCUGUCUGUACUAGACAUGGAGGACAUUGACCUGCAGGACAACAGUCAACAAUCGGAGGAGUCCCUUGAGCUAAGGGACCCCCACCUCCUCACCCCUCCCAGCAGUGAACCCCAGAGGAGCCAGACGGACAAGCUGUCCGCUGACAAGAUGGAGGCUCACCUGAUGAAGAAGAUGGCCUUCAGGAAGUCUCUCUCCCCUGGAGGUCUGGGCUCGGGAGGCCUCAGUGUGGGGAAGCUGAUGAUGAGAACCGGCCCUCCAAGGCUUGGGGACAUGGGCCCUCGCCCCAACACAGGCCCUGAGAUGCUGCUCAACGGCAGUUGAGAGGGCAGAGACACCCCACCGCUACAAAGCUCCUAGAGCUGCUGUCACAGUAACAUCUUAGGGUCGUAUAGGCCUGUAUCACCAGACACUGAUCAGGUCCCCCCCCCCCCCCCCCCUCCCCCCCUAAUAUCACUAGUAAAAAAGGGUACAUGCUGUACAGUAUGCUCCUUUAGACGACAGCGAGUGUCGUUAUCGAACUUGACAAAGAGAGACUUCUGGUUGAGACACAAACACCAAUAGGCUUCAUCGUAUUUCCUCUUUUCUCACCCGGCAAGGUUUUCAAUCAAUCGGUUUCUUUUUGUUCUUUUUUUGUUUGUUCUUGGUUUGAUCAUAUGCUUGUGUGACCUGCUCGCUCUCCAAUGCCUUCAGGGAUGGUGAUGAUGGUGUUUAAAAUGCUUCAUAUGGCAUCCGAUAGUCUUCUAUUCUAUUCAUUAGUUCUACAAGGUUCACACGGUGACGAAGGUGCUCGGCACUAUCGGGUGUGAAGGCUAUCGGUAUCUGUUGAUAUCGGACGAUAACAAUACAAUACUAUGUAUCUGUCGUCUUAGGAAUGAUAUUUGCAUGUCGAAAAUUCCAAGUCUUUACUUUCAAAAGGAGAGUGCUAAAUUGAACAGGGUUCAUAGGUCAUGAAAUAUGUUUAAAAAAAGAAAGGAACUUUAAAAAAGAAAGGAACAGGAAGACUAUGUUACCCUGUGUGCAGUGUCAUUUGUUGGUCUCGAGCAUUUCAUAGGCGAGAUUCAAGAUGAUGACGAUCAGUCAGAUAUCUCACCGGUGUCACCGCAGUCACGUGUGUGCACAAUUGUGGCCUUUCUUUCUUUCCUAGCGGUUUGUAAAAUAUCCCCUUAUAUUUAGGCCUAGCCAUCGGGUGAAUUAGUGGGAAACGCCAAGAAGUCCAACAUGCAUCAGCAAUCCUAAAUAUGAUCGACAGAUGCCACCGUCAUGUAUGGCUAUAGUCUGAGCAGCUGCAUCCAGUGAUUGAAUCGUACUUAUCUACUGUACUGUAUAUGAAAUAAUACUGACAUUUAUCUGUGCCCUGGAAUCUCAUGACAUAUCAGCUCUUUUUUAGUUCUGUGCAUCAAACUCAUAACCUGAGUUUACUAUAACAGAGGAUCAGCAAAUCACCAGGGGAAUCUAGUGUUCCUUCAUGCUGCCUUUGUUUUGUCUCUGUUCUAACUUUUUACAAAAUGUGUUUCGUUGUUGUUUUCUUUGAAGCAUUGCUAACUUCCGUGAAGUUGUUCGUCGAAAUAUUUUGUAUCAGGAUCUCUGUUUUGUUUUGUUUUUGGUUGUCGUUUUUUUUUUUUUUUAAGAAAUGAAACCAAUUCAUCAGUCUGUCUCUAUGCUCGUGUUUCCAUCAGGGUUUUUCCUGCUGGCCGUCGGUCAAACCGAUACAGCCCGUCCUUGUUUUGUGAUCGCUAUAAUUGUUCAUGCAUUGGCCUAAAAGGGUCAGUGUUAUAUUACUGCAGUUCUGUGCACUGAACGUUCUGUUUGCUGUCUUCUCCUGCCUGUAGGGGUGAAGAGAUUCGGGUGACGCUAAGUGUUACAGCACUUAGGAAAACUCUCCUAUUUAUAAUAGGGUUUAUUUUUUUACGGUCUGAAAGGAGGCAGACAGGCCUAGUGAGUGAGACACAACUUGACCAGUGCUUCCUGACCCUUAAGGACUGCCCUACAGACAUACAGUAUAUUCCCUCUCUCACAAGGACUGUCGGCAGUCAAUACUUAAGCCUCCUGUAAGCAUUACCUCGCCUAAAUAUAUUUCUCUUGUUUGUUCCCUUUUCCUGUGUUAAGACUUUGACUCAAGACGUCUUCUUAGUGCCAUGUUAUGUACAAUCAAUCACUUGAGUUCCUAAUCAUCUCAACGAGGCCCUUUGGUGGGCACACAUAGGAGGUCUGGCCCUAAAGGAGACGUGGCAGCGGCGUCUCUUAAGGUUUAGAACUGGUCAAGCUGACGGGGCCGUAUGGUGUUGUGAUGACAGGCUGCUCUGCCUCCUGUAGUUCAGGUUUGUUCCAGCAGGGAGUACUAGAGCCCAGUCUCUGCAGCCCUCAGGGAGGAGUUCUAUAGCUAAGCUACUGAUCUGAUCGCAUCUUCAGCACUGAAUAUUAUGGGUGAUGAGCGCAAGUAUUGACAUGAAUAAUCUUGUUUAAUGUAACUUUUCACCACUUAAAUGUGUUCAAGGAGUGAUUUAUCAUUUUUGCUAUGAUCUUUAUUUUCUUUGUUUUUUAUUCAAUUCCAAUAUUUGUAUUAUAAACCUGGUGGGAAGGGGUUGGGUACAAUAAGAACAUUAUUGGGAGUUAUGUAGAUAGAAUGAAUCCCCUGUGUGUUCCAGUGCCUGUCUAAUGAAGCACUGGUGUAAGGAUCUGAUCGUACCACACUUCCCACCCCAUCACUGCCAGAUGUUCUUACUACCCACUAUUCAGCCAGUGUAACCCUACACCCCCAGGCCAUGCAUGCUAGUCCCUCUUGUUGUUAUGGCGAAGGAGGAAUGAUUCUGUAGUUGUGAUACAACACACCCAGCGCUGUAAGUGUUCUUCACAUGCCCACUGUGUGGCCACGCCAAGUAUUGUAGUCUGCCUGCAGCAUUUUACUGUUUACCGCUUUUGAAAUGCUUUAUUAUUGAUUAUGAUCAAUUUAUUAUUAUUACUUACUUACUACCAUCAUUGGUUGUGUUGUAGUAUUUUUCUCUGGAUGUAGUAUUUUUUUGCCUCAGUAGAAUUUUGAAAAUUUGCUGAAUAGUUAACAAAAUGAGCAGAGAAUGGUUUAGUGUAAGCCGGGAAACAUUUGCCUAUUUGUUAAUUGUGCAACUAUGAUGGAACUGAUGUUUGAAUAUCUAUGUCUGUAUUUGACAUUUUCUUUGCAAAUCUAUUGUUCAAUUGAAAUUGAAAUGAAAGUCAAGAUGGUACACACAUCCAUCGUUAUUUUAUACAGGUGGCACCAUUUACAACAAUAUGUAUUUCAAUAAAUAUUGUUUUAGAGGGACAAAUAAAUGUUCAGAAAGAGGGAACUCUUCAGACAACCUAAAAAUGUCCACGUA